AAAUACAUUUUCUAAAUAUAACAACAAUUAUAAUCACUUAAACAACACAAACAAACAACAAAACAAAAAACAACAAAAACUUUUCAAUAGUUUUUUUUUAAUCAAAUGUAUUGAUGAUAUCGACAAUAAUAAUAAUAAUAAUAACGACAACAACAAUAAAAACCUACGGAUAUUACUGAUCGGAUAUACUAAUCAACCAAUCAAUCAAUUGGUGGUCAACCGCAACAACCGUAACAACAAUGUGGUCACUACUACCCGAACCGUUGUUGUUGGAAAUAUUCAAACAUUUAACGGUCGAUCAGAUGCUAAACGUAUUGUUGGUUUGCCGCCAGUGGUCACGGGUCGGAUCGGAUGACUUACUGUGGAAACACUUUUUCUAUCGGCGUUUCGAUUCAAUUGACCGCAGCGUUAGUUUGCCGAUCGGAUCGCUGGGCUAUCGGUACGAAUGUCGGCGACUAAUAUAUCAUACGCCAAAGUUUGAAAGCGAAACACUUGAGGCGCACGACCAUCAAGUAUUGCACGUGUCGUUCGCCCAUAGCGGCCGAAUGUUCAGUUCGUGCUCGAAGGACGGCUUCGUAAUGGUCUGGACAACCGAAUCGUGGCCAACACGACUGAAAUAUUCGGCCGACAUGAAAGACUAUUCGUGGUCGUACACACAGUUUUCGCAAUUCAAUCAGGACGACAGUCUGCUAUUGGUUUCGGGCGUACACUUUGGUCCGCAUACGGCCAGCGGCGAAAUUGCUGUCUUCAAUCUAGGGGCCGACAAUUUUCAACUACAAUGUCGUGUCCUGAACAAGCCGUACGAUGUAUUCGGUACGUGGUAUACAAAUGACUAUUUGAUAUCAAGUCGUUUGCAUUUUUUGGGUAAUCUGGUCUCGUGUUCGGCACUCUGGCUGAACAAGGCCUGUCAGGAAACGGAAUCCGAGAGGAAGCCAAUCAUCAAACGGUUGUUCAAGUUUUACAACAAAAAUGCCAGUUCUGUACGAUCGGUAUUAGUAGCCGAUUGUAUUGCCGACGACGACGGCGGUGGUGGUCAGGGAUCAGCAGCCAAAGCUGAAGACGAGGACAACUGCUCAAGUAAUUGUUGUUCAAGAGGUGGUGGUCAAAGUCACCACAAUCACCAGUGUAUGGGUAGCGCACAUCGCGGUAAUCCAGUGUCCAGUUUGGGUACUAAUCGACUGCUGAAGUCACUCCAGACGCCGCCGAACUAUAGCCAUCGUAUCGACUAUUUUGGUGCCGAUUCUAACAUUUCCUGUACUAACGAAAGUCCUAUUCGCUAUAAUGCCGAAUACCAUCGAUGUCAACAACACCAACAACAACAGCAUCAUCAUCAACAACAACAACAGCUACAGACAAACCAAAGACACGGUGAUAGUAGUUUGAGCCGAACCAUUAGCAACGACUCGGAUGGUUCAACUAAUAGCGAUUUCGAUGAUCCGCCCUUACCUUGGGAUGAAGAUUGGCUUAAAUUGAGUGAUGACGACAACAACGAAGCCGAUGACGAUGAGGAGGAGGAAGAGGAAGAGUUCGCUACUGAUGGCAACGGCGGCGGCGGCGGCGGCAACAGUCGUAAAGUUAACAGAAAUAAUAAUAAUAUACAGAAAACUAGUCAAACAAAUGGUUUAAAAUCAAACAAAACUCAAUCUAUGGAUUCGUCGUCUAGAGCCGUCGGCGGUGGUGGUCAAUCAUCACAUUAUGGACACAACAACAACAACUACACCAAACAGCCGCCAAAUAAUAGCCGAUUGUUGUGCAAUACGGAUAAGCUAUUGAUAUUUACGUGCGGUUCCCAGACAUAUGCACCCCAUCAGAUCGGUAUCAAACGUAUUAAGCCGAUCAAGUUUGACGAGUAUGUCAUGGAAACGGCCACUCUAUCGAAACGGCUAGAGGAACGUCGUCAGGAACAGGAACUACAGGCAUUAGUUCCGUCGCCCAAUUGGCUGGAAGAGCAAUCGGUGGCCCAUUAUUUCGAUUCAAUCGAUCACGUUAUCGAUCUGAAAGGCCAUAUCAUUGGCAUGGGUUUGAGUCCCGAUCACCGGUAUCUGUACGUAAACUCCAGAUCGUGGCCGGUGAAUGCCAAUGUCGAUAAUCCAUUGGAACCGCCGCCGAUUGCCCAACAAAUCGAUAUACAUGUCUACGAUUUGAGGACAUUCAAAAAAGUCGGUAACAUGUUUCGGUCGCAUCGGGCCUACACGCCGAACGACGAAUGUUUUUUCAUCUUUCUGGACGUUAGCGACCAGUUUGUGGCCUCUGGUGCCGAAGAUAAUCAAGGUUAUAUAUGGGACAGACACUAUGGGCUGUGUUUGGCCCGAUUGCCCCACAAAGAUGUUGUCAAUUCGGUAGCCUUUAAUCCACGUAAUCCCGAAAUGGUUGUCACCGCCAGCGACGACAAGACAUUGAAAGUUUGGCGUUCAAGCAAUCAAAUGAAACUCAUAUCAUAA